GCCAAAAAUAGCCAUUUAUUUGUUUGUUUGUUUGUUUGUAUCGUGUGAAUGCUUGCGAAGGGCUUCCAUUUCGGUCUGAGUUUGGUCAGAUUUCCGACUCCCGAUCUGAUCCUUCUUCCUCCUCGAUUAGCUGGAUUUCGUUGGUGAGUUCUUUCUCGCCGGCGACGAUGUUCCUUGUCGAUUGGUUCUACGGCGUCCUCGCCUCGCUCGGCCUCUGGCAGAAGGAGGCCAAAAUCCUCUUCUUAGGGCUGGACAACGCCGGAAAGACCACGCUGCUUCACAUGCUCAAGGAUGAGAGGUUGGCUCAGCACCAGCCUACGCAGUACCCGACGUCAGAGGAGCUGAGCAUCGGGAAGAUCAAGUUCAAGGCUUUUGACUUGGGAGGACAUCAGAUCGCUCGGCGUGUCUGGAAGGAUUACUACGCCAAGGUGGAUGCAGUGGUAUACCUAGUGGAUGCAUAUGACAAGGAGAGAUUUGCAGAGUCGAAGAAGGAAUUAGAUGCACUUCUAUCUGAUGAUGCCUUGGCGAAUGUUCCAUUUCUCAUUCUCGGAAACAAGAUUGACAUUCCAUAUGCAGCAUCAGAGGAUGAGUUACGUUUUCAUUUAGGCCUGAACAAUUUCACAACUGGCAAAGGCAAGGUGAAUCUUGCAGACUCCAAUGUCCGUCCCCUCGAAGUUUUCAUGUGCAGCAUUGUGCGUAAGAUGGGGUAUGGUGAUGGCUUCAAGUGGGUUUCACAAUACAUAAAGUAGGUUAUGAACUCAAAACUUCAAAGGUUUGCAGCAUAUGUUUCUUCUCUAGUUGGGUGCAGUCAAAACUUUUCUUUGUUGUGAUGGGUCUCGACUCUCUCUUACAGAGGAAUUAGUGUAAUAGCAAAAUAGAUUUGUGAAUUGUGAUUAUAAAGUCUGUUCUCUUUCUGGUUCUUGAUA